UUCUAGCCAAGACAAGCAUUUUCUCGGGAAAAUUAAGAAUUUCCCGUGAAUCCCAGCUUGUAAACUGGACAGCUAAGCCAACAGCUUUGUUCACCUCCAUUGAUACAUUGAUGAUGUUCCGUGUAUUUGUAUCCAAAUAAGAGGUGGCUGCCCUUUUUAAAAUCAAAAUUAGGAAAUAAAAAAUUUCCAGCUGUAGCCUGAAAACACUAGAUAAUGAACACCAACUUACCAGUCAACCGCCAAAACUACCGGUCUCACUUAAAAAACAACUGCUAUUCCCACUCUAUGUUUCCAUUCUUACUUGUAGUUCUGGGUAUAAUCUUUGUUGGUCACUUACCUGGAAGCAAUAAAAACGUUCCUGGAGUUGGCCAUUUUCCCUCUUGUAAUCUUAUCUUCUACUUAUCAGCUUUUGACCCUUUCCAUUUUUGCUUUUCAACACACUUUUAAAUCCCAAAGUUUCUCUCUACCUUUGAAACUCUAUAAUUUUCUCUUUGUUUUCUGGGAAUCCUUGAUCAAAUCGUUAAUGGCAAGAACAAGCAACAAGAACGUACAAGCCAAGCUGGUACUGCUUGGGGACGUGGGAACUGGGAAAACAAGCUUGGUUUUGAGAUUUGUCAAAGGCCAAUUUUCUGAUUUUCAGGAAUCCACAAUUGGAGCUGCCUUCUUCACUCAGGUUCUGUCUCUAAACGAAGCCACGGUUAAGUUUGAUAUAUGGGACACAGCAGGACAGGAGAGAUACCAUAGCUUGGCUCCUAUGUACUAUCGAGGUGCUGCAGCUGCCAUCGUGGUCUACGAUAUCACAAACUCGGAAUCCUUUGAGCGUGCCAAAAAAUGGGUUCAAGAACUGCAAAGACGAGGAAAUCCGAAUCUGAUAAUGUUCUUGGUAGCAAACAAGGUUGACCUGGAAGAAAAGAGAGCGGUGGGAAAUGAGGAAGGUGAAGUAUAUGCCAAAGAAAAUGGUUUGACUUUCAUGGAAACAUCUGCAAAGACGGCACAGAAUGUCAGCGAACUCUUCUACGAAAUAGCAAAGAGGUUGGCAAAAGCUGCUCCUUCUCGGACAAGUGGAAUGAAAUUGCAUAGCCGACGGCAAGAAAGCGGAAGAAGGCUAUUCUGUUGCUCCUCGUGAUACAAAGGUCAUCGAAACUGAAGAUUAUGCUGGUUCCUGGCUGAAUUUGCUUCAAUGAAUAUUGGCUGUGCCUAUAUGCACGUACACUGCUGAAACACAGGAAAAGCUUUAUUGUGAAUUUCAAAUGCGCUCAUUUCGUGUAAGAGAUGAUCAUGGAUCUCUAAAUGAAUAAAGGUUCAAAGCAAAAAAAUGACUUUGAUUACUGAAUUAAUAGUGUGUUUAUGUCCAAUUAGUUUUUCUCUGUAUAGUAAGAAGACUCGGUAACCAAUGCUGCGGUUCCAGAUCCUCUGUUAUAAUUUAUAAGCUUUUCAGCAUGGUUUGAUUUUCUAGUAUCAAUUGCAUUAUUUUCGAAGUUUCAAGUCACCGUAAACAAAA